GCGCGAGCUACCUUCGUCCUUUCCGACACUGAAGCGAAAGAGACACGAUGGGCCACCAGCAGCUCUACUGGAGUCACCCUAGAAAAUUCGGACAGGGAUCCCGAUCCUGCCGGGUAUGCUCGAACAGACACGGUCUGAUCCGUAAAUACGGACUGAACAUGUGCCGCCAGUGCUUCAGGCAGUAUGCUAAAGACAUUGGAUUCAUCAAGCUGGACUAGGGGUCCUGUGCUGUCACGUCCUCGGAUGGUUACAGCGAUCCUCAGAAGGCCAGACAUCAUGGGAUAAAUCAGCACUGCAAAUAAACAUUUUCUGUUUUUUUUUUUUUUCUCCAACC